AAGAUCCUGGAACUCAUGUCCAACAUCAUCCAGCUGCUGACUGGAGAGGAGUGGGACUAUAUGAAAAGAAACAAGACCCUUUACAUGGAAGGGACAAGGGAGGAGCCACAGCAGCUCCAUGCACUGGACUGUGAAUAUGAAGAUAAGAGAGAUAUUUCUGCUGAUCUGGGAGAGACAUUAUGUUAUAAUAAUGAGCCAAGCAAGAUUGGGGCUGAAGGAGCAGAAUUUUAUGGCGACGGAAAUCUCACAAACCCUGAAAUGUCUCUGGUGGGACAGCUCCUACCAGCAAAAAAUACUGAAGAGGAUCCUGCUUCAUUUAAAGGGGAAAGCCAAUCAGAUUGCAGAAUUAAUGAACUCACAGAACAGAUACAGAGAACAGAUCCACCUACUCCUAUCAUGGGAGGCAGCCUGAAUAACAGCUUGGCAGAUAGUGAUAUAUCAGAUGAUAUAAAAGAGGAAGAUGAUUCAUGGGAAGAAGGAAACCUUUCUGAUUUUAGAAUUAUUACCGUUUCAGAAUCAAUAGAAGAAACCAAUACAUCUAAUCCUAUCAUGGGAUGCAGUCCAAAUACCAGCUUGUCAGACAGCGAUGUAUCAAUUGGUAUUAAAGGAGAAUCAACUGAAUGGGGAAACCAAUCAGAUUGCAGCAUUAAUCCACUUGCAGAACAGACACAGGGAACAGAUACUCCCAGCAUUGUGAUGUAUAACUGUUCCGAGUGCAAUAAACACUUUAGAACUAAGGCUGGUCUUCUUAAGCAUCAGAAAAGCCACACAGGAACAAAACCAUUUGUCUGUUCUGUGUGUGAGAAACGUUUUGCGUGGCAUUCAGAUCUUAUUGUACAUCAGAGAAGUCACACAGGAGAGAAACCGUUCCCUUGUUCUGUCUGUGGAAAAUGUUUUGCUCGUCGCUCGCACCUUACUGAACAUAAUAGAACUCAUACAGGAGAGAAACCAUACUCUUGCGCUGUGUGUGGUGAAAGUUUUUCAUAUCAUUCUCAAAUUACUAGCCACUACAGAAUACACAAAGGAGAGAAAUCAUUUAUUUGUUCUCAAUGUGGGAAACAUUUUACAUCGCACUCCGAAUUUAUUAUACAUCAAAAAAGUCACACUGUGGAAAGACCAUUCUCGUGUGGCGAAUGUGGGAAAGAUUUUAUAUCUCACACUGACCUUAUUGUACAUCGAAGAAGUCACACAGUGAAGGGGCCAUUCUCUUGUACUGAAUGUGGGAAACGGUUUAAAUUUCACUCACAACUCUCUGUACAUCAGAGAGUCCAUACUGGAGAGAGACCAUAUUCUUGCUCUGAAUGUGGGAAAGAUUUUAAAGAUCUCUCAAACCUGAAAGUGCACUUGAGAAUUCACACAGGAGAAAAACCAUUUCCUUGUUCUCAGUGUGAGAAGUGUUUUGUUCGUCGCUCAGAUCUUGAUCGUCAUCUCAGCCUUCACAAAGGAGAAAAGCCAUUUUCUUGUUCUCAAUGUGGGAAACAUUUCACAUGCGCUUCAGACCUUUACGUACAUCGUAGAGUACACACGGGCGAGAGACCGUACUCUUGUUCUGAGUGUGGCAAAUGUUUUAAACAUCACUCAAACCUUGUUGUACAUCAAAGGACCCACACAGGAGAGAAGCCUUUUUCUUGUUCUGAAUGUGGGAAAAGUUUUAAAGAUCGCUCAAGUCUUAAUGUACAUGAAACUAUUCACACAGGGGAGAAGCCAUUCUCUUGUCCCGAAUGUGGGAAAUGUUUCAGCAAUCGUGCUGGUCUUAGAAUCCAUAAAAGAAUUCACACAGGAGUGAAACCAUUUUCUUGUUCUGAAUGCGGGAAAUGUUUCAUCCGAUGUUCAGACCUUACUGUACAUCGCAGAGUUCACACAGGAGAGAAACCAUUCACUUGUGUUGAAUGUGGGAAAUGUUUUGCACGGCGUUCCCAGCUUACUGCACAUUCCCGGUUACACGCAGGAGGAAAAACUGUUUCUGAUGAUAACUGUACAUAAUGAGGAGUUAAUAGCAUAAUUGUGAUGCUAUCGAAUUUUGAUUAAAGUAUUCUUCACCAUUAA